AAUCCAUGAUAAUUCCUCUUCCACAAAUAAAUAAAUAUACUCGCGACCUGUGGACGAUCCCCAUUCCCCGACGCUCGAGAGAGAGAGAGAGAGAGAGAGAGAGAGAGAGAGCGAGCGAGAGAGGAGAGGGGCGACGGGUCGAAUAGGGCUCGGCCAUGGAGACCGCUAUAUACAGUCGAAUCGCGCUCUCCCCGAAUCACGUCCUAAGCCCUAAAUCAGGGGAUAAGCUCUACAGAGGACAAUGUAUAAAUCGUGGUAUUCUUAUGGUUACGUCGGCCGCUGCGCCAGGUAAAGGUGGUGGCUUGUUGGAAAAGCCGACCAUAGAGAAAACUACCCCCGGUCGUGAAUCUGAAUUUGAUUUGAGGAAAUCUCGGAAAACAGCUCCUCCUUAUCGUGUUAUAUUGCAUAACGACAACUACAACAAGCGAGAGUAUGUAGUUCAAGUUUUAAUGAAAGUUAUUCCAGGAAUGACGCUCGAUAAUGCAGUCAACAUUAUGCAAGAGGCGCACCACAAUGGCCUAGCAGUGGUGAUCAUUUGUUCACAAGCAGAUGCGGAAGAACAUUGCAUGCAGCUGAGAGGCAACGGCCUCCUGAGCUCGAUUGAACCUGCAAGCGGUGGGUGCUAAAAAGUUGUGUUAGCAGCUAAAGCAUGUAGUGGUUCUAUACUAUUUUAUCCCUUUCUAUUUGUUAAUAUUGCCUAUCCAUGAGAAGUAUAACCGUACUAUCGACAAAUGGAAGAGAUGGCAAAAUUUGUAUUGGGGAUGAAACUUAGUGAUUUAUUUAGGAUGUAUAUAGGAUUCGAAACUUUCCCAUAUUAGGCUUACUUGUAACAGCUAAUAUGAUCUGGCACCGGCACUGCCAUCAUUUUGUACAUUGCAAUUUCUUUGUUGUGCCAUCAACGCUCUCCAUACUAUAUUUCCUCAUCUGAGUGUUUUUGCUCUAUGAUAAUCUGUUUAUUUCAUAGAUGAAUGAAAUAAGAAUUUCCUCGUAGUUUCGGAAA